CCCUCUUGUGGCUUCGACUCGCAGAAUGUUGUCUAAUGGCUGCAGAGAAAGGGCUUGUGAAAGGAAGCCCAGCUCCAUCAGACAGAUCAGAAAUUCGAGCCAGCGUUAUAGGAAAGGGUAGGUGGAGGAAACUUCUAAUUGAAAAUGGAAUUUCAAGAAAAGGACAUGUAGUUUCUGUUGAAAAGGAGGAUAGGGCUUUGGGUGGCGAUGGGCAGCCGCAGCUUUCAUUACCCAUCGCUAGGCAUUGCCUCUAUAAUGCGCUGCACUUGUUGAACUGUUCCGAGUCGAGUAAUUCUAAGUCUGUUUUACCCUCCAACUUAUCCUUGGAGGAGAAUGAAUCGAGUGAUGGAGCAUCUUCCAAGAACUCAAACCAUAAGAACUUACCUGGGGACGAUUCCAAGGCUUCAACUAUGUCAGCAGCAUUAAUUAACUCGAAUGGGGAUUUGAAAGAGCCGAAAGGAGGAACUAAUCAGGAGAGUAUUCAGAAUUCCAUCUCCUAUUAUGAAGAUAGUUGCAGAAGAGAAAAUCAUAUGAUUAAGCAAGCUGUUCUUGCUAACCUCGCAUAUGUAGAGUUAGAACUGGAAAAUGCUUUGAAGGCGCUCUCUGCGGCACAAUCUCUCUUGGAACUACCAGGUCGUUCGAGAAUUUACGUCUUUCUAGGUCAUGUCUAUGUGGCAGAGGCUCUCUGUUUGCUGAACAAACCUAAGGGAGCCGCGGAGCACUUGUCCGUGUAUCUGUCUGGGGAAAGUAAUGUCGAAUUACCAUUUAGUCAGUCAGACUGUGAGCAGUGGCGAGUGGAAAAACAUGGUGAUUGUGAAGAAGCAAACGGAGGAGCAUCAGGCGCCAAGAACCCUUCCCCCGAGGGCUCACAGGAUUUCAUCUUCUUCAAGCCGGAAGAGGCCUGUGGAAUGCUUUACGCAAAUCUCGCUGCAGUGUCCGCAAUACAAGGUGACCUCGACCGGGCCCAACGUUUCAUGACGCAAGCAUUAUCCCUGAUACCCAACAGCAGUGAAGCCACAAUGACGGCGAUAUACGUCGAUCUCAUGCUUGGUAAGUCGAAAGAGGCCGUGUCGAAGCUAAAACAUUGUAGACAUGUCAGGUUCCUACACUGCAAUCAACAAUUCAACAAACCCUCCUCAUGAUUGUGGGGGAUGGGUUUCUCUAAUUCAAUCCAAAGCCAGCCCACACCAUUCAGUUGCUAGUUAGCAGGUAGAUCAACGAUCCUUUUUAAAGGAUUUGUAUCGUAUAAAAUAUAGUCCAAUUCAUUCCGAUCCUUACCUUUCAA